GUGGCAAUCACACGUUGAUUCUUCUCAACUAAUCACAAAGAUAUCGGCACCCUUUACCUAGUAUUUGGUGCUUGAGCCGGUAUAGUCGGAACAGCCCUCAGCUUACUUAUUCGUGCUGAACUGAGCCAACCAGGCUCUCUUCUGGGCGACGACCAGAUUUAUAAUGUAAUCGUCACCGCUCAUGCAUUUGUAAUAAUCUUUUUUAUGGUAAUGCCUAUUAUGAUUGGGGGCUUUGGCAACUGACUAAUCCCCCUUAUGAUUGGGGCCCCUGAUAUGGCCUUCCCUCGAAUAAACAACAUAAGCUUCUGGCUCCUUCCCCCCUCUUUCCUCCUUCUAUUGGCCUCCUCAGGCGUAGAAGCAGGAGCUGGAACAGGCUGAACAGUCUACCCCCCUCUUGCAGGUAACCUGGCUCAUGCAGGGGCUUCCGUAGACUUAACAAUUUUCUCCCUUCACCUAGCAGGGAUUUCAUCAAUUCUUGGGGCUAUUAACUUCAUUACAACAAUUAUUAAUAUGAAACCCCCUGCUAUUUCACAGUAUCAAACCCCCUUAUUCGUUUGAGCCGUUCUUAUUACUGCCGUUCUUCUCCUUCUCUCCCUUCCUGUUCUUGCUGCCGGCAUCACCAUGCUGCUUACAGAUCGAAAUCUAAACACAACAUUCUUUGACCCGGCAGGAGGAGGGGACCCCAUCCUAUACCAACACCUCUUCUGAUUCUUUGGCCAUCCCGAAGUAUAUAUUCUAAUCCUCCCCGGCUUUGGAAUAAUCUCCCAUAUUGUAGCUUACUACUCUGGCAAAAAAGAACCAUUUGGCUACAUAGGAAUGGUCUGAGCAAUAAUGGCUAUCGGCCUCCUUGGCUUCAUUGUAUGAGCCCACCACAUGUUCACAGUCGGAAUAGACGUAGACACCCGGGCCUACUUCACUUCCGCCACAAUAAUUAUUGCCAUCCCUACCGGGGUAAAAGUUUUCAGUUGACUCGCCACACUCCACGGCGGGGCUAUCAAAUGAGAAACUCCCCUUCUCUGAGCGCUGGGAUUCAUUUUCCUAUUUACAGUCGGAGGACUAACCGGCAUCGUUCUAGCCAACUCAUCCCUAGAUAUUGUACUUCAUGACACAUACUACGUAGUUGCCCACUUCCACUAUGUUCUGUCCAUGGGUGCCGUGUUUGCAAUCAUUGCUGCCUUUGUUCACUGAUUCCCACUCUUCUCAGGGUACACACUUCACAGCACAUGAACCAAAAUCCAUUUCGGCGUUAUGUUUAUUGGCGUCAACCUUACCUUCUUCCCACAACAUUUCCUUGGCCUAGCAGGUAUGCCUCGUCGAUACUCUGACUACCCUGAUGCCUACACACUUUGAAACACAGUCUCUUCAAUUGGCUCGCUGAUUUCCCUAGUGGCCGUGAUCAUGUUCCUCUUUAUUAUCUGAGAAGCAUUUGCUGCCAAACGAGAAGUACUAUCAGUUGAGUUAACAGCCACUAACGUGGAAUGACUACACGGCUGCCCUCCUCCCUACCACACAUUUGAAGAACCUGCAUUCGUACAAAUUCAGCACACUCACUAA